UCUGCUACCAAAAACCAGGUGAAUAGCAAGGAGAACUGGAAGCAAGUGCAAUUAAUUCCUCAAUUUACUUUAUUGCGCAGUUGGUGGCAAUUGUUUCCUUGUCACUUGUACCCACUAGUGUGUCAACGAGAUAGGAUGGACAUAUUGACGGGAUGCACGGGCUCCGUUGCAGCUGAAGUUGUAAAAUGCACAGCAAAGCCCGUCAUACGUCAUGUUGGUUAUUUGUUCCGUUUCAAGAAAACUGUUGAUGAUCUUACCAAAGCAAAAACAGACCUGGAAUUAGAGCAGCAAAAGGUGCAAGAGGCUAUCGAGCGAGCUGCAAAGAACAAUGAGAUUGCUGGGAAGGAUGUAGAAAGGUGGUUGACAAAUGUGAAUCAACUCAUGGAAGAAGUACAGGCUUUGGAAAAUAAAGUACAAGUAAACUUGAGGUUCUGUAACGGCUGCUGUCCUGAUUGGAUUCGGCAAUACAAGUUAUGUAAGGAAGCCAUGCAGAAGACAAAUGUUGUCAAAGAGCUCCAAGAUAAGGGCAAAUUUUCUGAAUUGACCCAUCGUGCUCCGACUCCUGGCAUAGAGAUCUUUUUAUCUAGUGAUUUCGAGGUGUUUGAAUCAACAAAAUUGGCUUUCCAACAAAUUAUGGAGGCAUUGCGUGAUGAUAACAGUAAAAGGAUUGGACUGCAUGGAAUAGGGGGGGUUGGAAAAACAACACUGGUCAAGGAAGUGCACAAGAAAACCAAAGAACUAAAUAUUUUCGAUGAAAUUGUGAUGACUGUUGUGUCGUUGACUCCAAACGUUAGAAGAAUUCAAGGUGAAAUUGCAGGCUGUUUAAACUUGGAUUUUAAAGGUGAGAGCGAUAUGGCAAGAGCAAGUGAAAUAUGCUUAAGAAUAAAGAAAGCAGAGAAGAUCCUCAUAAUCCUUGAUGAUGUUUGGAAAGAUGUCAACUUAGAAGCUAUUGGAAUUCCAUCUUGUGAUGAUCACAGGGGUUGCAAGAUGCUUUUGACUACACGAAGUGUGCAUAUAUGCAAUUUAAUGCGUUGUCAAAGGAAAAUUCCAUUAAAUUUCUUAGUGGAGGAAGAAUCAUUGGCUUUGAUGAAAAAAACCGCUAUAGUUGAUGAUUGCCCUGUCUUGAACGAUGUGGUACUAGAAGUUGUUAAAGAAUGCAAAGGUUUGCCUAUAGCAAUCAUUACAGUGGGAAAUGCUCUGACAGGAAAAUCUCUCAAUGAUUGGAAUGUGGCAAUGCAUCAACUAAGAAAGUCUAGACUAGUUGAUAUUGAAGGUGUUGAUGAAGAUAAAAAUGCUUAUGCAUGUCUUAAGUGGAGUUUUGAUCAAUUAAAACGCAAAACCAAGUUAUGCUUUUUGUUGUGUUCUUUUUUUCCAGAAGAUUAUAAUAUUCCUAUUGAAGAAUUGACUAGAUAUGUCAUGGGAUUAGAGGAAGAUGAAGAUUUUCACUUACUUGAGGACGCAAGGUGCCAAGUGCGUGCAGCAGUCGAUAGCCUCAAAGAGACUUCUUUACUACUAGAAGGUUUUGAUAAAGAUUUUGUGAAGAUGCAUGACAUGGUUCGUGAUAUUGGCUUAUGGAUAACAUCAAAAGGGGAAAAUGAAUUCGAGCUAAGAGCCUGCACUCGUUUAGAGAGAAACACAAACUUUGAAAGAGCCACAGCAAUCUCCUUGAUGUAUUUCAACACCAAACAACUUCCUGAUAAAUUGGUAUGUCCAAGACUCAACAUUUUGUUAUUGGGUGGAAUUCAAAGUUCCAAAAAUAUCUCUAACGCAUUGUUUGAAGGGAUGAAUUGUCUCAAGGUUUUAGCACUACAUGACAUAAUCUUAUCAUCACAAUCACUCGAAUUAUUGACAAACCUUCGGACCUUAUAUUUGAAAUACUGCAAUUUCAAUGAUAACCUCUCUUCAUUGGGAAAGUUAAAGAAACUUGAGACUUUAAGCUUUUACGGUUGUGGAAUAAAUGCAUUGCCAAGUGAGUUAGGGGAAAUGGCGAGUUUAAAAAUGCUAGAUUUGACGUGUUGUGAUCAACUGCAACAGAUUCCACCAAAUGUGAUACGAAGAUUAUCCCAAUUAGAAGAACUAAUCAUUAGUAGCAGCUUCAAGAAUUGGGGUGUUGAAGGGACAACCUCAGAAAUAAGCAACGCUAACUUAUCAGAGUUGAACUCAUUACCCCGCUUGGUUAAUCUCUCUAUAAAGUUGAACUCGAAUCAUUUACCCAAAGGCUUUGUUUUCCCGGACUUGCAUAGAUAUUUCAUAGUGAUUGGCGAACCGUUCUUGAGUCCUGUGACACCUUGGCAAACCCUUGGCCAACCGUUCUGGACUCCUGGGACACCUUGGCGAACCCUGGUAAUCGAAGAUUUGAAUGCCUCCUCAAUGAACGCAUUGAAGUCGUUGUUCCAUACCGUGGAAUAUAUUUGGAUUGAGUCUUGUGAGAUGGAAUGCAUUGUUGAUACAAUUGGGGGAAAUCAUACCGUAACAUUCGGUAAUUUGGUCAAACUAUAUCUAAGGAAAAUGAGAUAUCUGAGAACAAUAUGUGAGGGGCCCAACCAGUAUGAAAUCUUUAGCAAUCUCACAGAUUUAGUCGCACGUGGAUGCCAGAGAUUGAUCAGUCUCUUCUCGCCGUCCCUUGCUCAAAGUCUAAAAAAGCUGAAACGACUCUCUCUUGACGGAUGCGAUGAAAUGAAACAAAUAAUUUCAGAGCAGGGAGUGAUAUUGGAGAGUCACGGUCAACCAAUAUGUCUCUCAAAAUUAGAGACUCUUGAAGUAGAGAAUUGCGGAAAACUGGAAUAUAUCUUUCCUAUCUCAGUUGCUCGAGGUCUUCAGCAACUAGAAAGGCUAAAAUUACGAGAUCUUCCUCGAUUAAAGAAAGUAUUCGGCCAGAACAGAGAAGGAGAAGUUGGGGAUUGCGAAAUAGAGAGUCACCAUCAACCUACAGGCUUCCCAAAAUUAAAGACUAUUAAGGUAGUGAAUUGCGAAAAUCUGGAAUGUCUAUCAAUUGCUCGAGAUCUUCCCCAACUAGAAAAACUAUCAUUAGAAGAUCUUCCUCAAUUAAAGCAAGUAUUUGGCCAUGAAAAAGGAAGAGAUGAUGGGGACGGAGACAACAGCGUGCUAUCUAAGUUGAGAAACUUAAGAUUAUGGAACUUACCAGAGCUUGUCAGUUUUGGUGGAGGAAAUAGUUCUUCAGUUUGGCCAUCACUGGAGAGGCUAUACGUGGUGGACUGUCCUAAAGUGAAGUUGUCAUUUUUUGCUAAUGUGCCAGCUCUGCAAAAGAUCUUGCCUGUGGACGAUUGGAAUGCAAUUUCAUUUGAUUUGAUGCAGGGUUUGUCAAAUUUGGAAGAAUUAAAAGUUAAAAAUUAUGGAGGAAUCCAUGAGGUGAUUAAGCUUGAAGGGCUUCUUACUAUAAAAGGAGAACAGGAUCUGUUACUUCCAAGAUUGAAGAACAUGUUGUUGAUUGGUCUACAUGAACUGAGGUGCAUAUGGAAAGGCGCAACUAAUUACCUUAUUAAUCUUAACAAUCUUGAAGAUUUAGAAGUCAUCGGGUGCAAAAAAUUGACGCAUCUCUUCACACCGGCCCUCGCUCAAAGCUUACAAAAGUUGAAAUCUCUUAAAAUUGAAAGGUGUGACGAAUUGGAGCAUCUAAUUGUUGAAAAUGUAGAAGAACAGGUCUCAUCAGAGAGUCAUCUCCAACCUUUAUGCUUCCCUAAACUGAAAAGAGUCCAUGUCACAUACUGCACUAAAUUGAAAUAUCUCUUCCCCAUGACCGUCGCUGAUAGUCUUUUAGAACUAAAGAUUCUCAUAGUAAAAGAAAACUCUCAAUUAAUGGAAGUAUUCACACAUGAAGGAGACGCUGGAGUUCCGAAAUAUGUAACGCUCCCUCAACUACAAUAUAUGGGACUCAAAGGUCUACCAAGCCUUGUUAACUUCUGCCCAAAGAACUAUCAGUUUAUACUGCCAAAAUGGAGGGAGUUAAGAGUGAAAAGCUGUAAGAACAUGAGGACGACUUUUACCCGUACUCCAGACAGAAGUGUGCUUAUAAAUGGAGAGGUAGCCCAGAUAGACGAGCCUACGGGGAUUUCAACAAUUUCUCCAGUGCUUACCAUAUGGCCUGCCAACAACGAUAUAACAUGGACGACAGAUGAGAAAGACGUACGGGAUAAUAACUCCGAAGAUGAUAAUUCGUGGCAGUUCAUUGGAUGGAUGGGGCUGCUAUUUCUGGAGUACGAUUAGGUCUCCGAAGAUUGUCAUCUCUGUAUUUACACAACUCUUUUGCUUUCUAUUUAUUUUCUUUUAACAUCGCUAUAUCGUUGAACUCAAGAUACUUUACAAGUGUGUGUCAGUGUGUGAUAAUUCUACUUUCCUAGUUUCUUUACACUUUAUGCUUUCAGCAACACAUGACAACAAACAAAUAAUUUAUUUGAUGCAUGUUUUAUUUUAUUUUA